AUGCAUGCUCCAAAUCCUACGACUACUGAUGUUAAUACUACCACCACCGACAACAGCAUCAACACCAACACCACAGCUGCCUCUGUUGAUAUUGCUCAAGGUGAUGCUGCGGCUAUUGAGGGUAGAGGGGGAGUGAAAGCAGUGAAGAAGGUGAAGUUUUCCACUUCCAAGUGCUUGAUGUUGAUCCAGGGCAAAUACGCUGAUUUACUUGGAGACGCUAACGACAGACGCAUCUGUCGAGCCGCUCGACUCACCGGCUGCACAACACGUCUCAACACCUCCAUAGCAAGACGUAACAAGCAUGGUGAACUUUGCUUUGUGGUGACUGUGCAAGGCAGAAGGGACUCUGAUGUGGAGAAAUUCAAGAGACUAAUACGCGACAAGUUUCCCGACAUCCUCUUCACUCGUGCUUGA